AUGGAUGGUGAUCAAAGAAGGUUUCAUAGGCAGUACAUAUGUUUGGAUGCUUGCAAGAGAGGGUUUAUAGAAGGAUGUAGGCCUCUAAUAGGUAUGGAUGGAGCUUUUAUUAAGGGACCACAUCCUGGACAAUUAUUGGCAGCAGUUGGAUCAGAUGGGAACAAUGGAAUGUUUCCUAUAGCUUAUGUAAUUGUGGAGAUUGAGAAUAAGGAAACUUCGGUAUGGUUCAUCCAACAUUUGAUAAAGGAUUUGAGGAUUGAAAAUGGCCAUGCUUACGCUUUUAUAUCAGACAAACGAAAAGGUUUAAGCAUUGCAAUUGCUGAGUUGAUACCCAAUGCAGAACAUAGACACUGCGUGAGGGAUUUCUACAACAACUUUAAGGGAUCACAUCCUGGAUUAACAUUGAAGCAAAUUUUGUGGGAUGCAACUAGAGAAACAACAAUCCCUUGGUGGAAAUGUCAAAUGGAAAGGAUGAAGAUAGAAAGUGAAGCAGCUUGGCAGUGGCUGCAUCCAAAGCCAACCCAACACUGGAGUAGAUCUCACUUUAAAACCCAUUAUAAGUGUGAUAUGUUGUUAAACAACCUGUGUGAGGCCUUUAAUUCUUCCAUAGUGAAGGCAAGGGACAAGCCAAUUCUUCAAAUGCUUGAGAGUAUAAGGACCAAUCUCAUGGUGAGAAUGGCAAAUAGGAGGGUUGCUGCAUUUAAAUGGAAAAAGUCAGUGGGACCAAGGAUUGAAAAAAACAAGGUUGAGUCUGGGUAUUGCAUUCCAAUAUUAUAUGGGGAUAUGAAGUACCAAGUGACAAAUAUGGAAGGGGGACAAUAUGCUGUAGAUCUUGGAAAAAGAUCAUGCUCUUGUAUGAGAUGGGAUCUUUGUGGGAUCCCAUGUUCUCAUGCAAUCGCUUGCAUUAGUAGAAGAAGGCAAGACCCUUUUGACUAUGUAGAUGAAUGUUACAAAAAGGCUGCUUAUCUGAAGUCUUAUAACCCUAUUAUAUCACCAAUGCCCAGCAUAGAUCAAUGGCAAAGACAUGAUCCUAACCCAUUGUUGCCUCCUUUAUAUAAGAAGCAAGUUUGGAUACCUAAAAAUAAACGUGUCAGAGAACAAGGAGAACCACCGGCUGCAACAUCAGGAAAUAGACUAAGAAAAUGGGUUUAUGAUAAAUUCAAAUGCAUCAAAUCUGGCAAGGAUGGACACAAUAAGAAAACAUGUGAGACCUCUAGCACAAAUGCAGCUACCAAAUAG